AUGUCCAACCUCAGCCUGCGCUUAAUUCCCUCAAACCUCAGACGCUCUUGUUUUGUUCUAGACGGCAUAAAGUCACGAACACGAAAUGUCCAUAAGGUUCCGCCUCUGCAGUACUCAAUCGAGAAGGGUCUUGGGAAAUUCCUUCCACCACUAGCGUUGAAAACGGUUGUCGAGUACCAACAAGGUCUUUUGGACCGUUUAAAUGAAGAGGUUAAAGACACGGCGGAAGAGAACAUGUCCGUCGCACAGACCGUGAUAAACACGUCUACGCUUCGAGAAAGAACGUUGGCAUUCAACUACGCAAGUCUUGCUCUCAACAAUAGCUUCUUCCUUGACCAUCUCAAACCACCCCCAUCACCAGACUCCGACCAUGAAGACAAAAUUUCAAUCGAACUCCUCAACCAUAUCAGAAGGUCUCAUGGAGACCUCAAACAACUAAAGUCCACAUUCUCCAGUGCAGCUCUUUCGCUCUUCACGAACGGUUUCGUCUGGUUCGUAUGCGACAGCAAUGGCGCCACGGGAGUACUUCCAACUCUUGGGCCAGGUACUCUGCUCGUCAGGUCACGAACCUAUAUGGGUAAGGACGGCCUCGUCCUUGGACAGAAAUAUUCGGAUCCAGUCGUAUCUCCACCCAACGCGCCAAAACCCCAAAACCCUGCUUGGUCGCGGGCACAAUCCCCAACACCGCAUCCCUCACCCCCCGGAGUUUCCCCUUCGUCGCCCACGUCGGGCAUCUCUGGCACAAACACCCCUUCCAACCCGGACCCCCUCCGCCCUCGCUUUUUACAUACAAGCGCUUCUAGGUCAGGGCUGAACACGACACCGGCGUCACUUUAUAGCAGUUUGAAGCCAACAAGCACGGCAUCUAUGUUGAACGUAGGACAAGUCCUCUAUCCGCUUUUCUGUGUCUCUGUCCAUGAACAUGCAUGGUUAAGCGCUGGUUACGGAGUCUGGGGCAGGGAGGAAUGGUUGAGGCAGUUCUGGAAGGUGCUUGACUGGCAGAAAGUAAGCAUGUCGUUCCAAGCUGUCUGCGGAAAUCACACCGCGUCUACUAUAUAA